CGAUAUUAGAUGUAAAAUUGUUUCUGAUCCUCAAGGAAUGGUUUGAACCGCAACCUACACGCCUUAAUACUGUUUCUCAUUGAACAAUUCGACUUUAUUGCUGGUACGUUUGAACGUUUGUUUAUCUCUUGUUCGUUUUAACGCUAGCUGUCAAACGAACGGCUACGAACGUCAAACGCUGUCAUUUGUGCCGCAAUUAUAAUUUGCAAAACCAGCGCAUCGCACAUCUUGUUGAAAAGGAAAAACUAUGUUUGAAACGCAAAUCAUCCAUACCGAACACAAGGACGUAAUCCAUGAUGUUGCCUACGAUUACUACGGGCAACGCAUGGCCACCUGUAGCAGUGACCAGUACGUAAAGGUAUGGGAUCAAAACGAACAAGGCGUGUGGAGUGUAACGUCUAGCUGGAAAUCACAUUCCGGUUCGGUUUGGCGUUUGUCAUGGGCACACCCGGAGUUUGGUCAGGUGCUAGCAACCAGCUCCUUCGACAGAACCGUCUCAGUUUGGGAGGAAACGGUUGGAGAAAAAACCAGCCCUGCAAUGCCGCCGCUAAAGCGCUGGGUACGUCGUACCAAUCUGGUUGAUUCCCGUACGAGCGUGACGGAUGUAAAGUUUGCGCCCAAAUCGCAGGGCCUAAUGCUAGCGGCAUGCUCGGCUGAUGGUGUUAUCCGGAUCUACGAAGCACCGGAUAUCAUGAACCUCUCCCAGUGGACGCUUUCGCAUGAGAUUAGUGUCAAGAUUCCACUAAGUUGUCUUACGUGGAAUCCGUCCAUGUUUCGGCUGCAUCCUGCAAUGAUUGCUGCCGGAAGUGAUGAUUCGUCGCAAAGUACCGGCGGAAAGGUGUUCAUAUUUGAGUACAGUGAGAAUGCACGGCGUUGGGCAAAAACCGAGACGAUAAACUCAAUUACAGAACCCGUGCAUGAUAUAGCAUUCGCACCAAACGUGGGACGCAGCUACCAUAUUUUGGCAGUCGCCAGUAAAGAUGUUCAAAUAUUCAACCUCAAACCAAUCCUUGAUCCAACGGCGAACUCAAGACUAGAAAUACAACCGGCAGCCCAGUUCGGUGAUCAUUACUGUACGGUAUGGCGCGUAACAUGGAACAUCACGGGGACGAUGCUAGCUUCGACUGGUGAUGAUGGAUGUGUUCGAAUGUGGAAAAUGAAUUAUUUGAAGAAUUGGCGCUGUGCCGCGGUUCUUAAGGCAGAAAACUCCGAAUCAGCUCCAGAAACGUCGGUAACUGCUUCGCUGAAGUCUAGUAUAGUGAAUGCAACAGCUAAAUAUUAUAAGAGGGGCACAAUCAGCCAUCCGGGGCAAGUUCCACGACAUUAGCCAAUUCUCAUGGAAACAAUGGGCUUUGCAACGUUAUACAGGAUCCUCGCUUUUGCCACGCUUUGGAAAAGGAUUAUGUUAAAUAAACGUUAAUAUGGGGCGAAUAAAUAACGUGCUCUUAAA